UUAAAUUAUCUCGAGCAUACUCGUAUACCGUUUAAUUUGUUGAUCUGCUGUGAAUUAAGACUGUACACGUCCGUUGCUGUUUCAAUAUAGACAUGAUCUAUAAAUUACAUAGAUCUAUUCUCAGCAUAAUUAUGCAUGAAGUAUUAGUAAUGUUGGCAUAAUAAUUAUUUUGGAGGCAACAAAUAACAAAGCCAGUUUCCUGCAUUCUUGCUAUAUGGCCUAUAUAAAUUUAAUAUACAGCCCAAAUUCUAUCAAUAUUCUUAAGCAAAAUCUAUUGCCAUGACAAUGUUUUUUACUUCUCUCUUAGUAAUUUCUACUGUUAUUUUUGUCGAAGCAUCAGAAGUGUACCUAAAUGUCAAAAGUGAGGCUUGCUCGGAGAGGGCUAGAGUUAAGCUGAUCUGUGAAGGAGUGGAUCUCGUAGGAUUACGUUGGCGUUACAGUAGCCCUAACUCAACCGAAUAUGUGAACAUCCUCGAAAUUCUUGUGGAUGCUUCUUGGCAAAUUUUUCUUAGCAAUAUCACUAAUAACAACAAUCCUGCAUUCUUAAGCGUUCAAUUGGUCAAUAUUUCUCGCUCUCUUGAGUCAAACAUGGAAAAUUAUUCAUCCAUUCUUACGGUUGAUCUGUUGGCGCUAGAAAAGCAGAACAUUACUAGCAUAACAUGCGGCGAUGUCAUUACCUAUAUAAGGAUACUGGUAUCUGAUAUUAUAGUCUGGGAUCCUGUCAAUACGAUAAUUAUUGCCAUCUACCAGUUUGGUGUUUUGACUAGCGUAAAAGUACAACUAAGGAAUUUACUGAUAUGCUCUUCAAUUCUCAUGUACACCGUGACAAUUAAUGGAUCAGAUGAGGUCAAAAUUAUGAAAACUUGUGUCGGUCUGUUCUGCGAAGCCAGAUUUUCCUCCAUAAGAACCAUUAUGGGAGAGCACAACAUUGAACUGAGUUUGUUUAAUACUAGAUCGUCUAGGAUUAAUACAAAAAUGUACGCAUCUGUAUACGUAAUAGGACUCAAAAGUGAAGAUUACUUUCGUACUCAAGUUAAUUCAACUAACUGUCUCUAUUCGGUCAGUUGUGCAGUCAUUCAAAACGACUCUACUUGUACUAUACAACACACAACACUGAGUAAUCAGCCUCCUAUUAAUGGCACGGAGGUGUUGAAAAUUCCACAUUCAAGUCCUGGUACAGUCCACACAUUUGCGUUUUCAAUGAAGGCAAACAAAAAUUUACUUAUCAAAGAAAAUAUGUCUGUUACAGAUGGAAUCCCUGUUGAGUUUAAAUCAACUGCCAUUCUUAGCACAACUUCACUGUACCUUUUCUUGACAGUCAUUCAUUUCUUAUUACUACUUAUAGGAGCUUUUUGUAAGGUGAAGGUGUUUGUCUCUAGAAAGAAAUCUCUUGUUGUUUCUAUGGUGAUCCUACUCGUACUGCUUUUCAUUUGCAUUUCUUCACUAUUUGUCUUUGGGAUCAUUUUCUAUGGUACACAAUGCAGUCCAGUUAGGAUGACACUUCGCGACAGUAUGCUUGAUACAAUGUUAGUCAUUUCAUGUUUGGGAAUAACAAUUUUGAUUACUAUUUGGAGCUUUAUCGGACACGGAGUGUACAACUAUCGUAAAUUCACAUUGCGAUUUGAAAACAAAGAUACUUGCAUAGUUACAACACCUAGCAGAAAAAGUCCAUCCUCCACACUUCCCAAACAAAGUAAAUCAGGUCAGCAUUCCAACAGUGUUUUGUACGAUGAGGUUGAUCUAGCAAAAGUCAAAGGCAAUGUCUCGGAUAUGAUAGAAGUUGAGUUAAAAGCUAACGAGUCUUACGGGCACACAGACAAGAGUAUUACGACUGCUUGCCCAACAUAUGCUACUCCAGAAUGCAACAGCCAAAAAGAUUUAUCAUUGAGUCACCAGUAUAGCAAAAUCAAAGUGAAACCGAAAGCAAAGAGAAUGAGUGAGCAUCCUGAGCUAAUAAAUAUUGAGCAGGAGCAGAUAUUGCUGAAGUCUAACCAGUCGUAUGGUCAGCUAACAGGUGUUGUGGGUCAGAUAGGGGGAUGUGAACUACUACACGAGUACGACUACGUGGAUCCUUUAAGUCAGUAGAUCAUUACAAGACAAUUCCCAAUAACUGCAGGUACUAACAUUGUACUUCAGUAUUGCAACUUUAUACAUGCAUAGCUUAAUUUUUAUCAAUAUACAAAGCAAUGACUAUAAUUAUGUUGUUUAGUGGAAGUAGAUGGUGAAAAGCAACUACCAUAAUUAUUGA